CGUUGCCAAUUUGGCAAUUUGCCACACUUUCAAAGGCUAUUACCAUGAGAAAGCAUGAUCUAUUUGUAUUUGAGGAGAUAUAGACACAGAGUGCAGGAAAAUAUUGGUUUUUAUUGCAGAAAAUUCUCUGCCAUAGCCAAUGUUGAACUUGGUAGUUCAACAAUCCCAGAAGCUUUUGUUUGGGUUGGCAAAAGUGCUUCCCCACUUCCUGAUUUGCAUGGCAUCUUGCAAAAAUGUGCAAGAACAGGUGCAAUCCUGGAAGGAAUGGUCUGUCAUGCACAGAUUAUCCAUUUUGGGUUUGAAGGAGACACUUUGACAUCAAAUAUGCUGAUUAAUAUGUAUUCCAAAUGUGGUUUGCUUGAUUGUGCUCGGAAGGUAUUUGAUAGUAUGUCUGAGAAGAGCUUAGUAUCAUGGAAUACAAUGAUUGGGUCACUUACCCAGAGCGGGAAGGAGCACGAAGCUCUUAGCCUUUUCUUGCAAAUGCAAAGAGAAGGAACCCCACUUAGUGAGUUCACAGUUUCGAGCAUUCUAUGCGCUUGUGCUGGGAAAUAUGCUUUGUUUGAGUGUAAACAAUUGCAUGCUUUUGCUAUUAAGGUAGCAGUUGAUUCGAAUAUCUUUGUGGGGACUGCGUUGCUUGAUGUUUAUGCAAAGUGUGGUUUCAUAAAGGAAGCAAGCACUGUUUUUGAGUGUAUGCCAGAGAGGAGUGAUGUCACAUGGAGUUCUAUGGUGGCUGGAUAUGUGCAAAAUGCACUUUAUGAGGAAGCUUUGGUAUUGUUCCACAGAGCUCAAACAAUGGGAUUGGAAACAAAUCAGUUUACAAUUUCAUCCAUCAUAUGUGCUUGUGCAGGUUUGGCAUCAAUGAUUGAAGGGAACCAGGUUCAUGCCCUUUUAUGUAAAACAGGAUUUGGUUCAAAUGUAUUUGUUGCUUCCUCACUUUUAGACAUGUAUGCAAAAUGUGGUAGCAUAAAAGAUGCUUACAGUGUAUUUACAGAUGUAGAAGAUAAGAAUAUAGUUUUAUGGAAUGUAAUGCUUUCCGGGUUUGCUAGACAUGCUUACUCCCAGGAAGUGAUGAUCUUAUUUGAGAAAAUGCAACAGACUGGUAUGUACCCCAAUGAAGUUACAUACAUCUCUGUGUUAUCUGCUUGUAGUCAUAUGGGUUUGGUUGAAAAAGGAAGAAAAUAUUUUGAGCUCAUGGUGAAAGCACACAAGGUUUUGCCCAAUGUUUUUCACUAUUCUAGCAUGGUUGAUAGUCUUGGACGGGCAGGUCGGAUUGAUGAAGCUCACAAUUUGAUAGAGAACUUGCCAUUUGAGGCCACCACUUCCAUGUGGGGUUCGGUUUUGGCUUCUUGUAGGAUCCAUGGAAAUCUUCAGUUGGCUGAGGUAGCUGCAGGGCAUUUGUUUGAGAUGGAACCUAAUAAUGCAGGAAACCACAUUUUGCUUUCGGAUAUUUAUGCAGCAAAUAAAAGAUGGGAUGAAGUUGCAAGGUCAAGGAAGUUUCUUAAAGAAAAUGAGGUGAAGAAAGAGAGAGGCAAAAGUUGGAUUGAAAUAAAGGACAUGGUUCAUUCCUUUAUGGUUGGAGAAAGAAACCAUCCUAGAAUUGCUGAGAUUUAUUCGAAAUUGGACAAUUUGAUGGAAGAAUUGAAGAAACUGGAUUACAUGGUUGAGAUUGAACAUGACCAUCAUUUUGUGGAAGAUAGCAAAAAGCAUGAACUUUUGAGGCACCACAGUGAGAAACUUGCUCUUGCUUUUGGACUGAUGUGCUUACCUCCAAAUGCACCUAUUAGAAUCAUGAAGAACCUUAGAAUCUGUGGGGAUUGCCAUUCCUUUAUGAAGCUUGCAUCAAGUUUUACAGGAAGGGAGAUCAUUGUUAGAGACACAAACCGGUUUCACCUUUUUAAGAAUGGAUAUUGUUCUUGCAGGGAUUUCUGGUGAACAAAAACUUGUUCACUCACUGUCUAUUUCUGCAGUAUGGUUUACACUGAAAAAGGAAAUACAGAUUAAUUUAAUGGAAAAUAAUAAUCCAUGUUUAAGGA